CGCGAGACUUGGCAUGGUCUAGAGUAUCUAUCUAGAGCAUAUAGUAGUGCCGUGAGUUCAAAGGCUUAAGUGGCCUCCCGAACACAAGCCAACCGGACAAGACGUCAGCUGCGUCACCACCACCGCCAUGAUGAACUCGUCCACUACUCCUGCCCUUCCACCACAACCAUCGCCACCACAACUACCCUGAGAAUCUACUAUGUCCGUCGAUCUGCAAUGGGAAACCCUUACCAGUGGGCCUGAAGGCGAAGUCCGCGCCGAGAAGAUCCGCAGCUUCAUCCACGACAAGUUCCAGCUCGUGCCGUUCCCCAAAUUCAUCAAAUCGGUGCAAGUGCACUCCUUCUCUUUCGGCACCAUUGCGCCCGACAUAGAGAUCAAGACCAUUUGCGAUCCGUAUCCGGAGUUCUACGAGCAGGAUGAGGAGGACGGCGACGGCGAGGAGUCGGAUUCCGGAGACGAGCACGACGAGGAAUAUGUUCUCCGUCUCGAGCGCGAGCGCCGGCGACGUGAGAGGAAGAACGAAACCGAGUCGGUGGUUUCUCGGGCUACAGCUACCACCACCAACCAGCCUCCGCCUCCAUACUCGGAGGGAACAAGGAGCACCAGUGGGCUCUCUGGCUUCCGUGCGGGUAUCGCAGAUGCAUUCCCGGGGCGGGUGGGAGUAACCGGCGUAUCCACGCCGCUGUUCAACCCCGGCAGCAGCGGCGGCGGCAGCUCGAACCUCCACUACUUCCACUCGGCGCUCUCAUUCAACAACGGCAGCUCGACGCCCAGCAGCCGCUUCCCCACCUCCCCCGUCUCCACGCCCUCCGGCCUCCGCGUCUUCACCACCCCCGGCGCAAGCGCCGACUCCUUCCCGUCCUCGCACUCCCCCGACCGCUCGCCCACCCCGGGCCUCUCCACGCCCGAACGGGCAUUUACCGAGUCGCCGCCGAGGCAGCUCCCACGUCUCCACGAGCCGAGGGAUGAGGAUACGCAGAUCAUCGCGCGGGUGCGCUACGCGGGAGAUGUUCGCAUCGAGAUCACUUGCGAGCUUCUGUUCGAGUACCCCGUCACCAACUUUGUCGCACUGCCGGUGAAGCUGGUCAUCACUGGGUGCACCUUUGACGGGUUGGCUUGUGUAGCAUACAUUCGUCGGCGUGCGCACUUUUGUUUUCUAGAUGACGACCCGGAGGCGGAGGGACGGCGGGGCGCGGGCGAGGAGCGCGAGGGCGUGGGUAGCAGCCUGCUGAAGCAGAUUGCUGUCGAGAGUGAGAUUGGUGAGAAGGGGAAGGGGAAGCAGGUUCUCAAGAACGUGGGGAAGGUGGAGCGGUUCGUACUCGAGCAAGUGCGAAGGAUAUUUGAGGAGGAGUUUGUAUUUCCUAGCAGUUGGACUUUCCUCGUAUAGAGCGAGCGAGAGAGAGCAAUUCACGAUGUGCGCCAAGACGAUCCUCCACCCCACCCCACUAUGCAUAAACGUUUUGUAUGUAGAUAGCUCCAUAUGUAGAUGCUAGAUCUUCCGCCG